AAAUAAAAAAGACAACUCUUCAUAAUGAUUAGUUAAUCUAAAAGGUAUUGUUUACUGAGUUAGUCAGGUAUAUAUCAAGAAAACGUGAACAUGGACAGCUUUGUCUAAUAUCCAAAACUACCCAAAAGCGGUAAAUCAUCAAACAAAUUUAUGUUCACUUCCACAGAGAUGAUUUUCUUCAAUUACAGUGAAACUGAGCUGAUUUGCCAUUGCAUACAACAUUCAUUCUCUCAUUUGUUUGAAGACACCAGAGUCAAUCUCACUUCGUGAGGAGUGAAUUUCAACAAAAAUCUAUGAUUUUAGUAUUGAGGACUCCCAAUGUGAAUUUUAGAUUCACUCACAAUCGUUUAUUCAUGAAAAAUGCACAAAAUAAGACUCCAACAAAGUUUAAUGUUACCCAUACAGUACCUAAAUUGGCUAAAAUAGGGAUUUCAUUGACUACAGCAGUAGCAAUUGGUUUGGUCACUAAUAGGCGACAUGUAUUUUGUGCUUCAAAUAAAACACGAAUGGUUGGAUAUGAGAAACAUUUGGAAAGAAAUCUUAAAUUUGACUGGAGUCGUUUCUGGGCAUAUCUGAAACCAAACCUACUGUACCUUUUGGCUGCUGUAGCGGGAGCCUUGGCUGUAGCUAUAAUGAAUAUACAGAUCCCACAAAUAAUGGGAGGUGUUAUCAAUGUCUUAGCAAAGUUUAGCGAAAGUAAAGACACUGAUUUGUUUAUGUCAGAGAUGAAAUCUCCUGCAAUUAGACUGAUUAGUAUGUAUGUUGCACAGAGUGCCUGCACGUUUUUUUACAUCUACAUGCUUUCAAACCUAGGAGAAAAAAUCGCAUUCAAGCUGAAAACUGACUUAUUUUCUUCCAUAAUGCACCAAGACAUAGCAUUUUUUGAUCAACAAAGAACUGGAGAGAUAAUAAAUAGGCUGACUUCUGAUGUCCAGGACUUCAAAAGUAGUUUUAAACAAACUGUUUCUGGAGGCUUGAGGGCCAUUACGCAAAUCCUUGGAUGUGCUGUUUCGCUUGUUAUGAUAUCGCCUGAAAUGACAUUUGUUACACUUUUGUGUGUUCCUACUGUGGUUGGCAUUGGAACUAUAUUCGGAUCAUUACUCAGAUCAACGUCAAGGAAAGCCCAAGCACAGGUGGAAAAAACAACUGCGGUCGCUGAAGAAGCUGUGUCUAACAUACGAACUGUACGAGCUUUUGCAAUGGAGGACCAAGAGCAAGAGUUAUUCACCAGCGAGGCUCAACAGGCGAUGGAGCUCAAUCAAAGCUUGGGAUUUGGAAUCGGGUUAUUCCAAGCAGGAACCAAUAUGUUCAUAAACGGUAUGGUUUUAUCGACACUAUAUAUGGGAGGCUAUCUUUUGUCAACGAAUAAAUUGUCAGCCGGUGAAGUCAUGGCCUACCUGAUGGCAUCACAGACAAUACAGCGUUCUUUAGGUCAAAUAUCACUGUUGUUUGGCUCAGUGGUUCGAGGGGUAGCAGCUGGUGCUAGAAUUUUUGAGUUCAUCAAUUUGGAACCCACCAUGGCGUUGAAAGGAGGAGAGAUUAUCCCGGACAAUUUGUUGAAAGGGGAUAUAGUGUUCAAGAAUGUCUGCUUUGCCUACCCAACUAGAAAAGAGCAAGUCAUUCUUCAAGAUUUCAAUCUGACGGUACCAUCUGGUAAAACUAUAGCCAUAGUAGGUGCAUCUGGUAAUGGCAAGUCCACGAUUGUUGCUCUUCUUGAAAGGUUUUAUGAUGUCAACGAAGGAUCCAUUACAUUGGAUGGAAACAAUAUUAAAAAUUUGGACCCUUCGUGGUUGAGAAACAGAGCCCUAGGUUUGAUUAGUCAAGAACCUAUAUUGUUUGGGACAUCAAUCAUGGAAAAUAUUCGAUAUGGGAAACCUAGUGCUACAGAUGAAGAGGUAAGACAAGCAGCCUCUCUUGCAAACGCCGACGAUUUUGUUUCUAAUUUUCCUCGUGGAUAUAACACUCUUGUCGGGGAAAGAGGAGUAACACUGUCUGGUGGUCAGAAACAGAGAAUUGCAAUAGCUCGAGCUCUUUUGAAGAAUCCGUCAGUUUUAUUGUUAGACGAGGCGACAAGUGCUUUGGAUACUGAAUCUGAGAAAAUAGUUCAGGUUGCUUUGGAAAGAGCUAGGAGUGGAAGGACUGUCAUUGUGAUUGCCCACAGGUUAUCUACAAUAAGAAACGCAGAUUUGAUCGUGGUUUUGAACAAGGGAAAAAUUGUGGAGAUGGGAACUCACGAACAGUUGACAAAGUUGGGAGGUUACUAUUGGUCACUAGCUUACCAACAACAAAAUAGUCCAGCUGCCUAGGCUGUCUGUUCUUCGUCAGUUGUAUAGUUAGUUAUAUCAAUUUUAGAAUACCAAAAUAUAUUUUUGUUUCCUAA